GUGACUGCGGCCGGUGGCGGCGCUGACGACAGAAGCUCAAGUGGAGGCGGCCUGAGUGCGACUCGAGUGGCCGCCCCGCACUUCACAUCGCGCCGAGCGGCUGCUGGCUCCCCUCCUUCCCAUCGGAACCGCCGGUGGAAGCUAUUGAAAGUAUAAUCCUACUACUAAAAGGAGCAGUGUACUGAAAAACUCAAGAAGCACUGCUCACUGAAUACAUUACACAAUGCGUGAGUAUAAGCUGGUGGUUCUCGGUUCAGGCGGUGUUGGAAAAUCAGCUUUGACGGUGCAGUUCGUUCAGGGAAUAUUUGUUGAAAAAUAUGAUCCAACAAUAGAGGAUUCUUACAGAAAGCAAGUUGAAGUAGAUGGACAACAAUGUAUGCUUGAAAUCUUGGAUACAGCUGGAACGGAGCAAUUUACUGCAAUGAGAGAUCUAUACAUGAAAAAUGGACAAGGUUUUGCCUUAGUGUAUUCUAUAACAGCACAAUCGACUUUCAAUGACUUGCAAGAUCUUAGAGAGCAAAUUCUUAGAGUGAAAGAUACUGAUGAUGUGCCAAUGAUUUUGGUUGGUAAUAAGUGUGAUUUGGAGGAAGAGCGAGUGGUUGGAAAGGAACAAGGACAGAAUCUAGCAAGACAGUGGUGUAACUGUGCCUUUCUUGAAUCCUCUGCAAAGUCAAAGAUUAAUGUUAAUGAGAUUUUUUAUGAUCUGGUCCGACAAAUCAACAGAAAAUCACCGGUUUAUGGAAGGCCUCCAAAGCCAGCAAAAUGCCAGCUGCUUUAAUAAUCCUAUUUUAACUUUGAGCCAGAUAUGAUGAACUAUUUCUCAUUUUGACAGUGCCAGCAUUCCACUUUACUGAACUCAUUGACAAUUGAAAAAUGGACUUUCCUGUGGUGGUAUCUUUCAACAAGCAGAUGAAAGCUCCCAAGUCAUUUUGCACAAAAAAAACAAAGCUAUUUUUUAACUUCAGAAACAUUCUAUUAGUAGGUAACUGUUAAUCCGCAUCCUACUUUCAGUGUUAUUGUUGAUCAUAUUGGAGGAAGUAUUCCUUUUACCAGUGUUGUAUUGAACUUAUAAUGAGUAGUAAGUCCGGUUUUGUCAAAUAAAAGCUGUAAUUUACUGGAAGCACCACUAUUUUAGCAUCAUUUAGAUGGAAGUCCAAAGAUAUCUUUAGAUGAUUUCUCACAGCUGACUCUGCUUCUUUGAUAUUUGUAGCUUCUUUAAAAUGGAGAUGCAAGAUAAUAGUUCCAGUGAUUAACUGUGCUCUGAUAAUUGCAACAGCUAUUAAAAUAAUUUUUUUAAAUUUUAGAACAACCUGUGGAAAUUAUGAUUAUUAUGUACAGAAAAUGUAUGUUUCUGUCUCAUUUAUAUUUUGUCUUUGGUCUAUAAUGCUUUUAAAUAGCUGUUAACAUUUUCAGAAAAAUGUCUUUCCUUGUGAGUUUCUUCUGUUUACAUGAGGAAUAAUGUUUAUAUGAAUUGUACAGUGCGGGUCUACAUCCGGAAGUAUAUAUUUUAACAUAUUUUAAGAUUUUGCAAGUUUGCUUGGAGGUCUAAAUGCUCCUGCAGCUGUAGGUUCUCACUGUAAUUCUGCUUGCUUAUGCAUAUUUGUAAUUAUGAGUACCAAAUAUACAUUAAAUUAGACAUUGCCUGUUAGUGGUUACGUUAUGCGUGUGCUGUUUUGUUGAAAUGUUUCUUGGUGGAAGAGUAUUGUGGGUAUUGAUGGUGAAUGUGAGAAAUAAUUAUCUGAGUGUACUUGGUUACAUGGCCUAAAUUCUGCUAAUUUUAUUUAACAAUGCCUUUAUGCUUUGUAUGCAUUAACUUUUGGAUAGAAGUUUAUCUGAGGAAUUGAGGCACAGUAAUUUGAAAUUGAAAAUUAAUGCUACAUGUGCUUUAAGGUGGCCAAAUGCAAACUUAAAAAGCCUUAAUUUUCAUAGUGGUGCAAUUUUUUUUUUUGCAUAACCUAUUCAGUUCCAUAAAUUUAGAUUGCCGUGCAAGGGCUUGCAUUAUGAUUAUCUACCACUUGAAUGUUUUGUCAUGUUUUAAUUGCAAGUAAAUAAAGUAUCUGUUUAACUUUUGUAAAUGUAACAUUUGAAUGAUGUGUGUGAAGUUGGUGGUUUCAUUUUUGAAGUUUUAUUAGCAAUUCAAAAACAUCAUCUUGGAGUAGGCUACGUAUUUUUUGCUUAGUAUUAUUGGGAGUAGCUAUGUAUAUCUAUUCAUUUUUUUAGUCUGCUAUUGUAUUGGUAAAGUUCAAAGUAAAUUUAUUAUCGAAGUACAUACGUCACUAGAACAACUAUUUUCUUGCAGGUGUACUCAAUAAAUCCAUAAUAGAAUCAAUAAUAACCAUAACAGAAUCAAUGUAAGUCUGCGCCAACAUGGGCAUUCAACCAGUGUGCAAAAACAACAAACUCUGCAAAUGCAAAAAGAAGUAGUAAUAAUAAAAAAAAAUAUCGAACAUGAGAUGGUGUUCUUGAAAGUGAGUCCAUUGAUUUUGGAAACAUUUCAUUGAUGGGGCAAGUGAAGUUGGGUGAAGGUAUCCCCUUUGGUUCAAAAGCCUGAUGGUUGAGGGGUAGUAACUGUUCCUAAACCUGGUGGUAAUCACUGCACCAAAGUAAUUGAUUAAUAUAGAAAUGUGCUAAGGAAACUAAUUUCUUAGUGACUGGAAAUACUCUUCUGCAUCAGUAAAUCCUUUAAUUAUAAGCCAACAUUUGAUUUAUAACAUUCGAAAAUACCUUUUAGCCCAUUUCGUAAUUUAGAAAAUAAGUUUUUACUCAUGUUUUCUACUUGCAGGGUUAACAUUCGUGUUUUUAUCUCUACAACUUAAAAACUAGUAUCUGUAAAUUCCCUCAAUAAGCAAGUGAUUACUUGUGAAACCCAUGCAGUGCUCUACCAUUAGUGUCAGUUCAGAAAUUCACUGGCCACUAAAAUUGAAUCUCAGUUCUUGAGUGGAAUGUCAAGAAAGAAAGACAGUGCACUUUGUUCAAAUUGUAUUAAGUUGAUUAUAUUAUAAUAUUCUGUUAGUUUCAUUAAAUGCCUGAGGAUGCUAAUCAGAAAGGUUAUGUCUCUUUUUGCAUCUGUCCAGCAUAGGUAUUCUCGCUAAGUCUGCCCUCAUUUACAACAGGUGAGAAUUGAGUUACAACUCUGUAUAAUAGUCCAAACUUGAAAUUUAA